CGGUAACACGUUUCGACGGUUGGUUCGAUAGGGUUUCAGUGAGAAAAUUUACUGCGGAAAAUUUGGCCCUCAUUCGUAAGUGGUGCAGUAGGUUUUUUGGGCUUCAAGUGCAAAAAUUGUUAUGUAAAACGGUAAAAAUCAUCCCAGCAUGGGAAAUACCGAAAGUAACGUUACCAGUGGGGUGAAAAAGCAGGCCGGCGUUUCGACCCAGGCGUUGUACAAGUUUGUCAAUCUGAAAGGCGGUGGCUUGCUGGUGGACAUCAUGAAACGAGCAAUCCAAAACAAACAGUACGCGGAGAUUGAUCAUGCCAUUAAAACUAAGGUGGAACCAUUUCUGUACAACAAAGGUAAGGGCAAGUACAUUCCGGUGGCGCAGUUGGUGUUGCUGCGAAACCGGGAACGACCACGGCAUAAGCAGUUGCCGGAAAUUCGCGCAUUGGAAAACCCCGAAGAGGACUACGACAUUGACGCGGACUGCCCGGACGUCACCGAGGGCGAGUACCAGCGGAAUCCGUCCGGGUACAGGGAGGUGUGCUGGAAUAUCAAGGAACGAGGAGCCGUUGGAGAGACGAUUCUUCAUUUGUGCCUGUUGAAUGCCACCUCACUGCAUGCUGAUUUGGCGAAACGGUUGCUGCGAUUCUAUCCGAAGCUGAUCAACGAUAUUUACAUGUGUGAUGAGUACUACGGGGAGAGCGUACUGCACGUUGCGAUCGUCAACGAGGACCCAGCCAUGGUGAAGUUCCUACUGGAUAGUGGGUCGGAUGUCAACGAACGGUGCUGUGGAACGUUUAUGUGUCCCGAAGAUCAGAAGGCAAGCCGGUACGACUCGAUCGAAACGGAGAUCAUUUGCGUACUACCGAUGACCAAUUACGAUGGCUACGUUUACUGGGGAGAGUAUCCAUUGAGCUUUGCGGCUUGUUUGGGCCAGGAGGAAUGUUAUCGUCUCGUGUUGGCACGAGGAGCAGACCCGGAUAACCAGGACUCCAAUGGCAACACUGUGCUGCAUAUGCUGGUGAUCUAUGAAAAGGUUUCGACCUUCGACAUGGGCUACGAAGUGGGAUCAUCGUUACACAUAAGAAACUUGCAAAAUUUGACACCCCUGACGCUGGCCGCAAAAUUGGGCCGGGUGGAAAUGUUCUUCCACAUUAUGAACAUCGAACGGGAGAUCUACUGGCAGUUGGGGAGCAUCACGUGUGCCGCCUAUCCGCUGGCGUUGAUCGAUACGAUUGAUAUCGAAACGGGAAACAUUGAAAAGGAUUCCGCCCUUAACCUGGUGGUGUUCGGCGAUAAGGACGAACAUCUAGAUCUGCUCGAAGGAGUUCUGAUCGAUCUGCUCAAGACCAAGUGGAAUACGUUCGUGAAGGACAAAUUCUACCGUCAAUUUUUUGUGUUUUUCUGCUACUUUUGCGUUUCGCUGGUGAGCUUCACCCUUCGUAAUGGACCGGUGAAGCUUGAGGAUGCCGAAGCGAAUCGAACUGCCGCGAAUACUCAGACGAAGAAUGGUACUGACUUUGGGAAUGUCACUUUAACUCCUUUGCUUGGUUUGGAAGCUAGUGGCAAGAUGGUCGGACUCAAUGCGAGCGAAGCUUUUUUCGAUCCGACAACCCUGGGAAAUAAUAUCUUUUUCAACUCCAAGUGUCCAACAAUGGCCUACGAUGGUAUGCAAGGAAAGUUGCGGCUGGUUUCGGAGAUUAUCAUACUGAUUGGUGCCUUUGUGUACUUGAUUGCGGCAUUGAGGGAGUCCAGAUUCCUGGGACGUAAGAUGUUUAUAGAAAAUUUGAUGACGGUACCCUCAAGAGUAAUGUUUUUGUUUUCCUGUUGUAUUAUGAUGAUAGUUCCAUUCUUGAAGGUACUCUGCUUUACUGAGUUGGAGGAUCAUGUCGCGGUAGUGAUUAUGCUGACUACGGCUCCUUAUUUUCUCUUCUUCUGUCGAGGCUUCAAAACUGUCGGUCCCUUCGUGGUGAUGAUCUAUCGCAUGGUGAUAGGAGAUUUGCUGCGGUUUGUCGUCAUCUAUCUGGUAUUUGUGAUGGGCUUUUCGCAGGCGUACUACAUUAUUUUUCUGUCGUACAAGGGUGAGGAGGAUAGCGACGAAAAUCCGAUGCCAUCGCCAAUGGAAUCGAUUGUGGCGAUGUUUCUGAUGUCGUUGACCAACUUUGGCGAUUAUUAUGCAGCGCUGGAGAAUACCGCUCAUGAAGGUUGCGCCAAGGUCCUGUUCGUUAUCUACAUGGUGAUCGUGGCCGUCCUGCUGGUGAACUUGCUGAUCGCUAUGAUGGGCAACACGUACACGAAGAUUGCGGAGACGAAAAACGAAUGGCAACGGCAGUGGGCCCGAAUCGUGCUGGUAGUGGAACGUGGCGUUCCACCUGCCGAACGCCUUAAGAACCUGAUGGGCUACAGUGAACCGAUGUCGGACGGACGGCGUGCGCUGGUGCUCCGUUUAAGCAUGACCGACGAGGAUAAGGAGGAAAUGAAGGAAAUCCUGGAGAUGAAACGAGUUCACGAGCGCUUGAAAAAGAAGCGUCAGAUCGAGCGAGAGGCGCGCGCCGAGAAGCGGCGCUUGAUUAUGGAGAAAUUUGCGAAUGUACCGUAGAAACUCAGAAUAUCUAGUAGUUCAGUCUAGAUCAAUGUUGGUAAUUUAGCGAAAUUGUUUCAUAUAUUUUUUAAAUAAAGUUCAACAUCAUUGUUUAGUUUCCAUUUUGUUCAAAUACCAGGCGCCUGCAUAGAAAAGAAAUUUGAUGGAGCCACAAACCAUUUUUCCUUGGAACAUUAACGUUGAAAGCAACGCCUACCAGGAUAACAUCUUAUUAAGUAUGAAUGAAACGGCCACCGCUCAACAGACCGCUACCGCCUGGGAUUAUUUGCCCUCUUUCCUUUCAUCUUGGUGUGGCUACAUUUACUGGUUUCAAAGGUAUACAUAGCGAGGACACCCGGAGGGAAUGAGUCAAGCGUCAUACUAUUUAGGACAGUGAAUGGCUUUCGCGAGCAACAGCAUAAAAUAAAGGUUCACUUUCCACUGUGUUCCGCUUACAUUCAUUCAUCGUGAGUCUUGUCGUGGACACAGCCGAGGGUGAGCUCGAGGGAAAUCGAAAAUAAAUAAAAAAAAGCUUUACGGUUGCUCUUGACUUGCUAGGCUUAUCUAUGGGUAUGUGUUAUUUUUCUGGCAUGCUUUCAUAACCAAGAAUAAAUCACCUUGAU